AUGUCUAGUGUUUCAGGUUUCAGCCUCGAGCCCCGAGCCUUGAGAUCCGAGACCAUCACACUUGAGGUCGAGUCUAGCGACACUAUUGACAAUGUCAAGGCUAAGAUUCAAGACAAGGAAGGAAUUCCAUCAGAUCAGCAGAGGUUGAUUUUUGCUGGUAAGCAGCUUGAAGAUGGCCAUACCCUUGCUAACUACAAUAUUCAGAAAGAGUCUACUCUGCAUCUGGUGCUGAGGCUUCGUGGAGGAAUUAUUGAGCCGUCUUUGAUGGCCUUGGCUAGGAAGUAUAACCAAGAUAAGAUGAUCUGCCACAAGUGCUAUGCACGUUUGCAUCCUCGUGCUGUCAACUGCCGCAAAAAGAAAUGUGGGCACAGCAAUUAGUUGAGGCCAAAGAAGAAGAUCAA